AUGCUUAUAAACCAGUGGAUAGUUGUAUUCUUGUUAAUAGGUUGCGUCAGCGCGUAUAGGGAACAGAAGUUUGCCAUCGAACCACAGGAUCAGAGUACCGUGGUGGGAUCAAGAGUGACUUUGCCAUGCAGAGUUGAAGGAAAAGUGGGUCAGCUGCAAUGGACGAAGGAUGACUUCGGUCUUGGGACGCAUCGCCAUCUCACUGGAUACGAGCGGUACAAAAUGAUCGGCAGUGACGAGGAAGGGGACUAUUCUUUAGACAUUCGCGAAGUGACGUUGGAGGACGAUGCUACGUAUCAGUGUCAAGUCAGCUCUGGACCAAGAGGUGAACCACCCAUCAGAUCACGGUAUGCUCGGCUGACAGUCCUCGUGCCACCAGAACCGCCGAGGAUACUUCAAGGUGCAGUAUUGAACGCGAUCGAAGAUCAGGAAAUCAACUUGGAUUGCGUUUCCAUCGGGGGCAAACCGGCAGCUGAGAUAACUUGGGUGGACCACGACGGUGGCGUGCUGACUCAAGGCGUCACGUACACAGUGGAGCAGAUGUCUGAUGGCAGGAGGUUCACAGCGCGAUCUGUCCUACACCUGCGACCGAAAAGGAGUCAUCAUAAUCAGACUUUCACGUGUCAGGCGCAAAACACAGCAGACCGUGCCUAUAGAGCUGCCAAUGUCAAAUUGCAGGUACAAUACGCGCCGAGAGUGAAGAUUUUCAUAAAGUCCGGUGGGAAAAACCGCAUGAUACAGGAGGGAGAUAAGCUGAUUUUGGGUUGCCAAGCAACGGCGAAUCCCAACAACCUCACCUACAAGUGGUUCGUGAACAGCGAUCAGAUCAUCGGGAAUCUUAACAAUGAAAUCGUGAUAUCGAACGUGUCGCGCAAGUACAACGAGGCGACGGUAAAAUGCGAGGUGCACAAUGUCGUCGGCACGAGCGCCGAUUCCAAGACCCUGGAAGUUGCCUAUGGGCCCAAGUUUAGGAUCAAACCUCAGACCGUCGAGGGAGAUUCAGGAACGACGGCAACUAUGCAUUGCGUGGUGGAGGGACAUCCCCAGCCAAAGGUCACGUGGUUGCGAUACGAAAACGACAGAGUGAUCAGAGUUGGCAAGUCUUCGAACCUGACGGUAACUGUGUCACAACAGUCGGCGGGACAAUACUGGUGCAGAGCCAGCGUCGAAGGCUACCAGGACGUGGAAACUCCAGCCAUGGUGUUCGUAAAAGGUCCACCGAAAAUCGUUUCGAAUAGAACGCAAUACGGUGUAGAAGGUGACAGCGUUAAGAUUGAGUGCAUAUCAUUCUCGGUGCCAAAGCCCGAUUUCAUGAUUUGGACCUAUGGUGGCAAUGAAAUAAACUCGUUUCAUAAUCAUGAAUAUGCAUUUUUAGAGGAGAGUUUAUCGGAUCGAAUGACUAAAUCAACGCUGAUAAUACGCGAUAGUCAAGCUAAACAUUUUGGCACAUACAACUGCAGUGUCUCUAACUCCUACGGAACAGACAGUGCAGAAAUAAAUUUGAUACCUGAUAAAACGUUAAACGUUUUCAUCAUUGCCUGCGGUGCGGCUACAGCGGCAGUUUUUAUACUGCUCAUCAUGUUGCUCAUAAUGAUAUGUCAUCGUAAGUCGAACAAGAGCGAUGUUAAGAAACCCGACAUCACGGACGUCGGUAAGACCUGUGUUGACCAGUUUAAAGACAGCGAUCGCAGCUCAAACAUAAGCGAUUUGAAAAUGGAGCUGAGACAAGUUGAAGGUAACUGCGAAUUGGACCACUCCAAUAACGGCUCUGAGACAGAGCUCCACUCCACGCUUCAUUUGACAACAAACCUGGGGUUGCCGCUCGCCGGUCCGGUCCCUCUACCUGAAGCCGGCUAUGACAACGAGCUGAUGAAGCAGUACCAGAGGUACAGCGAUGACUUCAACCAACCGCUGGGGAAUAUGCACAUAAAGGCUCAAGGUCAGAGCAAUGGUUACGUCCCGUACGUGGACUAUGCCAGGGACUACGCCCCACCUUUACCGUCAAGCGACUCUCUGUCAGGGUCUCUUUCAAGGAGCACAGACGAGUCAACUUAUUUAAGUCAUUGCGGAUCCCUGCGCCGUCAGAGCAGCAGCGGACGGCUUGGGGGAUUAGUAGGACCUGAUCUUAUACCUAUGGGAAAUCCCGGAGUUGUUCUAAGCGGGGGUCUAGACGUAAGAUACGCAGCCACGUACGGGAAUCCGUAUCUAAGAGCAAGUGGUCCCCUAGCUUAUGCGGCACAUGCAAAUACUGGCCCAGCGUCGAAGCCUGCACCACCUCCUUAUUACACCCUCAGAAGUAAUAAUCUCCCGCCUUCAGCGCCGGGUGUAAUAUCGCCAUCAUCGUCGUCAUCAUCGAGACCAGUGACAAGUCCUUUAGCAUCAUCGUCGUCAACUAACAGCAGCGCUCAACCGCAAGUUCCUAAAGCUUCACCCCAAUCAGCCGGAGCACUUUACAUACUCCCACCGUCCAGUCAAGGAAACCUGCAGUCAUGCCAAAUAACCGCCAAAGGUAAUGGGUCCCAUUUGGCGGCCGGCACUCAUGUG